GAGCAUUGCUUGACUUGUCAUUUCCAAGCCAAGCUUGAAGCUACUGCUAAGAAAGAUAACAGCUUCUGCCUGCAUAUGUGUUCAUCUUUUAUUCCAAGAACAUGAAAGGCUACUUAUGCCUUCAGAUUUCCUGUAUUCCUACUCUAUAAUUCUGUUCACACUUCCGUUUUUAUGUUUUCUCUGAUUUUAAUUGCAGCUUGUUAGAAGAAAAAAAAAGAGUUACGCACCCGCCUCCAUUCUUACUGGUUUACUUGCAGCUUGUUCUUACUUGUUUAAGCUUAAGAAGAAAUAAGUUGUCUCCAAAAGAAAGCUUAUUAGAAAGCAUAAACAAAACGAAAAGAUUUGCAAAAACUUCUCGAUUAGAAGCUUCGUUUUGUUCUUGUGAAUAUAUAAUACAGACUAGAGUAAGCGAGUCACAUUUGGAGCUGAAAAAAGUUGAUGAUGACAGACUCAGCUGAUGAGAGCAAUGCAAAGGCUGAUCACUCCAUAAUUCAAGUAGAAGAGGAGAGAGAGAGAAUUGAGAGAGAAAUAAGUCAUGUGGGUAACCAAAGUUGGAGCGGAAACAAAGAAAAUGAAGACGAAUUAAUAGCGUCCCGGAUAGAAGGAAAGCUUCCCAAGGAAUCAACAGAAGAACCAGUUCAUACUUGCAUCUUUAGAGUCCCUACUAAACAUGUCAGGGACAAUGAAAAUGCUUUUGUCCCACAAGUGGUUUCAAUCGGGCCGUAUCACCGCGGAAGAGAAAAGCUUCAAGGCAUGGAACAAACUAAGCUAAGGUAUUUGCUACACCUCCUCAAUCGCAAACCAACUCCAGACACCAGUUUGGGAAAGUUUGUCAAAGAAAUUAGAAGCAGAGAAGAGUUUCUUCGUAAGUGCUAUGAAGAAAAGUCGUAUCAUCUGAGUAGCUAUGAGUUUGUAGAAAUGAUGGUGGUCGAUGGUUGCUUUAUUUUAGAACUUCUCCGCAAAUCUGUUUCGCCUUUCCCAGGGCGGUUCUCCACAUUUAAAAACGACUUGUUGCUGCUUGAAAACCAGCUUCCAUGGCAAGUUCUCGACUGUUUAUUCAACCUCACAAAAACAUCAGAAGAGAUUUCUCUAUAUCAACUUACUUUGGAACUUUCCGAAAACAUGCGUUAUCCCAUUGAGACUGGGACAUUGGAAAUCAGACAUUUACUUGACGCAGUAAGAAAUUCGCUUUUUGGAUGGGAAAAAAGGGAGUAUUACAGAGAUUGGAGUCAUUGGACUCCUAUUCCCUCAGCGACACAUCUUGAGGAAAUUGGAGUCAAAUUUCAACCAGCGUAUAUGAAAUCUCAGUUGGAAAUAGGCUUCAACAUAGUAAAUGGAGUGAUGAAAAUUCCAUAUAUGAUAAUUGAAGACAACACAGAAUCUCUGUUCAGAAACCUCAUAGUCUAUGAACAGUGUCAGUUGGUGGGCGACUGUGACACAUGUCCCAUUUUGUCUUACGCCAUGCUGUUCAAUCAGCUUAUCAAGUCUACCAAAGAUUUACUCUCUCUCACUCAGAAAGAAAUUAUAGACACCAAUUUGAGCGUGGAGGACACCGUUCGUUUCUUCGAUAGGCUUCGCUAUGACACUGAACACAUGAAGUUCUUUUACUCUGCCCUCGCCCUUGACGUGAAUCAGUAUUAUCAUAGUCGCUCACUAAGGCGUUGGCUUGCAGGGAUCAAAAGGGAUUAUCUAUAUAAUCCAAAAUCAAUCUUGUCACUUUUCUCAAAUGCAGUCAUCCUUGCUCUCAUUCUUACAGCCAUACAGACAGUAUAUGGUAUUCUCGCCUACUACAAGCAGAAUUAGUAACCUUCCAAUCGGUCAACCUUCACCCAAGGACCUAAAAAUAAACAAGACUUGGUGACUACAGGCAAAGUUAGGAAAUAAUGAAACUCCGAGUUUGUAUUUAUUUGCUUAUUUUUCUUGUCAAAUAAAGCAGCUCUGUAAUUGAUGGUUUGAUAAUUAUUGUAAGGACAAAAUUGGUUCUUACUCCAUAAAUUGUGUGUAAACAAAAGAGCAUGUGUAAUUUCAAAAGGCUAAAAAGUAAAUGUGACAACAUUGAAUCCAAUAGA